GUAUUGAUUGGUAUAGAUUCAUAAUAGAUUGUAAAAUCGUUUUUAAUAGCUGGUCUUUAUAGAUGAAUAGGGCGGACAGCGAGUGGUCUUAAUGGUGAGCAAUGGUCUUGAAAUCCAUAGCCUCAAGCAAGACCUUUGCACGUUUGUAACAACACAUCUCUGUUUUGUAGUAUAGAAUUCUUAUUUAAAACUCCUUAGCAUUGCACAUUAUCAUUUGUUUUUGCCUAUACUAUUUGAUAGUGUGUUGUUUAGGGUUGCCACUUGGCAACGCAUUUAGUUAAACAGUACUUUGGUUUAUUAGACUCAAAAAAAGAGCCCGCUUUGUUUAUUUCUCCCACGCAGCGUCGCUAGUGUAAUCUCUGCAGCACAGAGCGACCCGACGCAGUUAAUCUGUCUGUGCAGUGCAGUCUGCCGCUUCAUUAAUUAUGCGACGGGUUGCUUGCUAGCUCUAACAUUGCAAUCAUUAUGGCGAGGCUGUUUUUGGUCCUUUCAUUAGGUCUGCAGUUGUGAUGACGGGGUGUUACCGAUUGGCAACCUGCAACCCGCAUCCAUGUCGUCCUGCGUCUAUCCCCCCUUGUGUUAGGAGUAUGCCAUCUUGUCUCAAAAGCGGUCAGAGCUCAGCGCCGGUGUUUUUAACAUGUAUUUCAAUAGGAAAUCGAAAAAGGUCCACUCGGAAGAGCUAUUAGUUUUGGAUACAUUUAGCACGGAGAAUGCUUGCGUCUCUCCCAAAGGCGAAGACGAGGGGUUGGGAGCGGGGAUGAGCUCCAGGAUGUCAGAUAAGCGAGGUCGCCGGACGUGUGAUACGAGACCCGCUUGUUCGUCCUCGGGGUACGAGAAGGCAGAUGAUGAAAUGUCCGGGACAACGUCGCAAGCAGACCUGAUUGACGCAGCGGCUCGGACCAUUUACCUGAACCUACCCCAGCAGAGCAAGUUCUGCGAUAACCAUGUCAGUACAACCAAGUACGGGGUGCUGACAUUCCUUCCUCGAUUCCUGUAUGAACAAAUCAGGAGGGCCGCCAAUGCAUUCUUCCUCUUCAUUGCCUUAAUGCAGCAAAUCCCAGAUGUGUCUCCUACAGGAAGGUACACCACUUUGGUACCGUUCCUGUUCAUCCUGACGGUGGCUGGGAUCAAAGAGAUCAUAGAAGACUAUAAAAGACACAAGGCAGACAACACAGUAAACAAAAAGAAAACGACAGUUUUAAGAAAUGGAGUUUGGCAGACCGUGAUAUGGAAACAGGUGGCAGUAGGAGACAUUGUGAAGGUCACCAAUGGGCAGCAUCUUCCGGCUGACAUGGUCAUUGUAUCCUCCAGCGAGCCCCAGGCAAUGUGCUACAUAGAGACGUCCAACCUGGACGGGGAGACCAAUCUUAAAAUACGACAGGGCUUAUCUCAGACUGCCAGCUUCCAAUCCCAGGAGGAUCUGAUGGCGGUCACAGGGAAGCUGGAAUGUGAAGGGCCCAACGGGCAUCUGUAUGACUUCACUGGAACUCUGCGUCUGGAUAAUUACAGUCCUGCACCAUUGGGUCCAGACCUGGUUCUACUGCGAGGAGCCCAGCUGAGGAACACCCAGUGGGUUGUGGGAAUUGUAGUUUACACUGGACACGACACCAAGCUCAUGCAGAACUCCACGAAGGCUCCCCUGAAGCGCUCGAACGUGGAGAGAGUGACCAACAUGCAGAUCCUGGUGCUGUUCUGCAUCCUGCUGGUCAUGGCGCUGGUCAGCGCUGUGGGGGCUGCCCUCUGGAACAAGGAGCACACAGAGGAGGACUGGUACCUCUUCAGAUCUGACACAGCGCAAAUCUCCAACAACUUCUGGUACAACCUGCUCACUUUCAUCAUCCUGUACAACAACCUGAUCCCUAUCAGCUUGCUGGUCACACUGGAAGUGGUCAAGUUCACUCAAGCCCUGUUCAUUAACUGGGACACGGAGAUGUAUUACAGUGAAACAGACACGCCAGCCAUGGCCAGGACUUCAAACCUAAACGAGGAGCUGGGGCAGGUGAAGUACCUAUUUUCUGAUAAGACCGGGACACUGACGUGUAACAUCAUGCAUUUUAAAAAAUGUACGAUUGCAGGAAUCACCUAUGGCCACUUCCCAGAUUUGGAAGCAGAGCGCUCAAUGGAAGAUUUCAGGCACCAGCCAAACAGCAGCCACAGUUCUACUGAAUUCGAUGAUCCUGCACUAAUACAGAAUAUUGAACAGAACCACGUCACAGCCCCGCAGAUCUGGGAGUUCCUCACCUUGCUGGCUGUGUGCCACACUGUAGUGCCUGAGAAAGAUGGGGACCAGAUCAUCUACCAAGCGUCCUCCCCAGAUGAAGGCGCUCUAGUGAAAGGAGCAAAAGGACUUGGCUUCGUCUUCACUGGAAGAACACCCCAUUCCGUUAUCAUUGAUGCUAGAGGAGCAGAACAGAGCUACGAGCUGCUCAAUGUGCUGGAGUUCUCCAGCUCCCGAAAGAGAAUGUCAGUGAUUGUGAGAACUCCGUCUGGGAAGCUGCGUCUGUACUGCAAGGGGGCUGACAACGUGAUCAUGGAGAGACUCGGAGAAAGCUCCCAGUACAAGGACCUCACCUUAUCCCAUCUCGAGCAGUUUGCUACUGAAGGUCUGAGGACGCUCUGCUUUGCAUAUGCAGACCUGACGGAGAGCUCCUAUCAGGAAUGGCUCCAGGAAUAUAACAGAGUCAGCACCAUUUUAAAGGACAGAGCGCAGAAACUGGAGGAAUGCUACGAGAUCAUUGAAAAGGACCUCCUUCUUCUCGGGGCGACAGCGAUUGAGGACCGGCUUCAGUCGGGGGUCCCCGAGACUAUAGCCACCCUCAUGAGAGCAGACAUUAAAAUAUGGAUCCUGACGGGAGACAAGCAGGAAACUGCCAUCAACAUCGGUUACUCCUGCAGACUCAUCUCCCACGGCAUGUCUCUGAUCAUCCUCAACGAGGACUCCCUGGACGCAACGAGAGCGACGUUGAGCCAGCACUGUGCAUCGCUGGGGGAGUCGCUGGGGAAGGAGAAUGAAGUGGCCCUGAUCAUUGACGGAGAGACGCUGAAGUAUGCGCUCUCUUUCGAGGUGCGACAGAGCUUUCUUGAUCUGGCGCUGUCCUGCAAGGCUGUCAUCUGCUGCAGGGUGUCUCCUCUCCAGAAGUCUGAGAUCGUGGACAUGGUGAAGAAGCAUGUAAACGCCAUCACGCUGGCGAUCGGAGACGGCGCCAAUGACGUGGGGAUGAUCCAGACCGCUCACGUGGGUGUCGGGAUCAGCGGGAACGAGGGAAUGCAGGCCACAAACUCCUCGGAUUACUCCAUCGCUCAGUUUUGCUAUCUAGAAAAGUUACUGUUAGUCCACGGGGCCUGGAGUUACAACCGUGUGACCAAGUGCAUCCUGUACUGUUUCUACAAGAACGUGGUGCUGUACAUUAUCGAGCUUUGGUUUGCAUUUGUUAAUGGAUUUUCGGGGCAGAUUCUGUUUGAGAGAUGGUGCAUCGGGCUCUACAAUGUGAUCUUCACUGCCCUCCCUCCAUUCAUUCUGGGUAUCUUCGACCGGCCGUGCAGUCAGGAGAGCAUGCUCCGUUUUCCCCAGCUCUACAAGAUCACCCAGAACGCUGACGGGUUCAACACCAAGGUUUUCUGGGGUCACUGUAUCAACGCCCUCCUCCACUCCAUCAUCCUCUUCUGGUUUCCACUCAAAGUGCUGGAUCACGAUUCGGUGUUUCAUAACGGACACGCUACUGACUAUCUGUUUGUUGGGAACAUCGUCUAUACGUAUGUUGUAGUGACCGUCUGUUUGAAAGCUGGCUUAGAAACAACCGCGUGGACAAGGUUCAGUCACCUGGCCGUGUGGGGCAGCAUGCUGAUGUGGAUGGUCUUCUUUGGAGUGUACUCUGUCAUCUGGCCUGCCAUCCCCAUCGCUCCGGACAUGCUGGGUCAGGCCGGGAUGGUGAUGAGAUGCUGGAGUUUCUGGCUGGGCCUGAUUUUGGUGCCCACAUUAUGCCUGAUCAAAGAAGUGGCCUGGACAGCGGUCAGGCACACCUACUGCAAGUCACUGCUGGAGGAGGUGCAGGAGCUGGAGGCGAGGGCACAGGACCCCGGCACCGCUGUGCUCCGAGACAUCAACGGGAGGAGUCUCAACGAGCAUGCCCACCUGCUAGCCCGAGUCUUUAAGAAAACGCCUUCUAACCUUGCCCGCUCCAACUCGGUCCAGCAAACCGUGUCUUAUGGGUAUGCAUUCUCUCAAGAGGAGGACGGUGUGGUGUCUCAGUCCCAAGUCGUCCGAUCAUACGACACGACCAGACGGAGGCCUGAAGUGGAAUAACAGCACAACAUCGCCUCUCCCUCCAGCCCAGGACCCCGCUGGAGAGUCCUUGUUAUUGCAGCUCGUCAGACUGCAAACCAAGAAGAAAGAAAGAAAGAAAGAAAGAAAGAAAGAAAGAAAGAAAGACGCGCACCGCCAAACAGACUGGAAAGCUGGUUUCCGUGGCCUUAGCCAACUUGUGGAAUAUUUAUUAAAACUCCUCACUCAGACCUCAAAGGCUUUACUGUUGUGGCCGGAUCCCUUACUGGUCCUGUUCGAGUGUCGUCUGGUGAUUUUGUUGGACCAGCGAGCAUCGCUUUUCUUUUACCUCAUUUCUCUGACCGGAUCUGUGUGCAAUGAAGUCUGAGGCAUUACAUUCAAAGAGUUCUGCCAUCGAAGAGUCAUCAGUCAACCCCCAGCACCCCUCCAAAAAUAAAUGUAGUUUCUUCACAGUGAAGGGGGGUGGGUCUGUGUUACAUACAGAGCUAUGUCAAGAGUUUUAUUAAGAAGUAAGCCAUCCUCUGCAUGCAUGCGAAACGCUUUGAAAGUAAUCCCCCUUCUUCAAGAUGUUCUGGAGAUUGCUGGUUCCCCGCAUGUUUUGCCAGAGCCACUGGCCCGGUACAGUACAGUGCAUGUGAAAUGAUUUUAGCUUGGUAUGUCAGUGCUCUAGAAGCCACAAUGCUGAAGAACCCACUCCCGGUGCCAAUGUGCCGAGGGCUCUGGGUGUCACUUGUGCUGGCUGUUUGAUUGCUCUGGUGAGCAGAUCGGAGAGAAUGACCCCCCCCCCCCCCUCCUUCUCAGGCUAAGCUUUCAUUGCAGACACUGGUUGAACUGGGGUGAUUCCCACUGUUACCUCUGCUUCAGCCCAGUUCUUUGUCUGUUGUGGCUUGGUCACAAAUUGCUCGCAAUUGCUGUGGAAUAUUGUUUAAGUUCAAUAAAGUUGUUAAAAAGCC